CUCUGCUCGAUCUCUCAUCUCUCCCCUCAAAAACCCUGUAAACCUGGGUCGUCGUCCGCUGCCUGGAUGUCCGAUGCUAUAAUCUUUUGAAAAAAAAAAAAAAAGAUUAUGGCUUUGCCUACUGCAAUGGUUUCUCCGGUGGCUGUUGCUCCCUCAAGCAUGGUCACCCGCAGUCGGCAAAAGGGUCUCAGUUUCAUUGCCUCGAAACCAAUUACCGGUACAACUACUCCACCGCCUCAAAUGUGUUUGAUUUUAAAGUUCCGUUGUUUGACGAUUAACGCUAAUCAAGCUAAGUUGCUUCCCACUGAGUCUGAGAGCUGGAAUGUUGCUAUUAAUACUGAAGCUUAUUUUACCAAGGGGCCCCAAUCUUGGAAGCAUGCUUUGAGAGCUGCAGCAAUAUCCAGCUCAGAUGCCGAGGGAGGUAAGAAUGUUCAACAAUUGGCUGAACCUAGUCGGCCAAGGUUGUCUAGGAAGGAAAGAAAUCCCAAAUGUCUUAGCAGUAGUGCAGCCCAAAAAGUGAUGCUUGACCAUUUCCAGAUUGUCAAAUAUCCCUUAAUUACUGAUUUGACCAUGCGAGUGAUGAUAGAAAACAACACUCUAACUUUUGUCGUGGAUAAACGUGCUGACAAGAAUAACAUAAAGGCAGCUGCCAAGAAGAUGUUUAAGAUUGAGACCAAGAAAGUAAAUACAUUGAUCAUGCCCAGUGGUAAUAAGAAAGCAUAUCUAACGUUGAUACCUGAUCAGAAAGCUGUUGAGGUAGCAAAGAAGAUCAAAAUCAUAUGAGAGAGCAGAAGCUUGCAUUCUUCAAUUUUGCUUCUUUUGUUGGGAGCUUAUAUGCUGUUGAACCCUUUAAAUCACUGAAAGGGUAUAAAAGUGAUUGCACUGCCCAGUCGCGAGCUAGUGACACUUCUAGGAAUCCUCUAGUUCUCGAGCGCCAUCUCCUUUGACAUUUCUCCAGUUGUCGACAACUGUUGACAUGCAUGUGGAUGCGUUCAUCCAUCAUUGUUAAUCCAUUUUAGCACGGCAGAGUCCAUUUUCUGGUGCAUAUGAGCGGUGCGUUAUGAGUCCUGCAUCCUCCAAUGCCAAAAGACAUGAUGGAAUUUCUAAUGAUAGUAAAUGUCUUUUGUAGCAUAGUGACCAUGUUGGUGGGUCUGAAUCUGAAUACGACUGUGGAGGAUCCUUUGAUAAAGAAUGAAGAUCUUCUUUAGUAGUAGUAAUAUUUAUAUGUUGCAAAGACGGUCUAACCAUGAUCAUGUAGUGCAUCAUCGUUUUUCUACUCAAGAUGUUUUUACUUUUUAUGAUAUGGAGUUAGGUAAGUUGUUGGGAGGGUGAAGGCUUUUUAAGAAAUUAUUAAUGACAUAAAUUGUCCUGAAUGGUUUUGAUUUU